AUGGCGAGAGUUUGUUACCUCAUUUUCAUCUUCACUUCUUCUGUUCUGGCGUUGGCGAAUUGCCAGCGAGAUCUUCCUCCUCCUUCGUGUUCGUCGUUCGUAUCAAAUUCCAGUUGUUCUCAGAUCAUUUAUGGCAUGAUCGACUGCAUAUCCUUCUUGAGCGCGGGCGGUGCUGCCACGAAGCCAGUUGCUUCAUGUUGCUCGGGCUUCAAGUCGGUGUUAAAAGCAGAUGCCGAUUGUAUCUGUCAAGCCAUAAAACUUGCCCCUCAAAUGGGCAUCAAAUUGAACAUGACAAGAGCUGUCAAACUGCCUUCUGAUUGCGGAGUUUCUCACUUUUCCGUCUCGAAAAUUUGUGGCCUUUCGGAUUCUGCAGGAACUCCUCCAGCUAAGUCGCCAAAACCAUCUCCAAAGACACCGGUGUCGCCGCCAACGAAAGCUCCGACCCCAUCGCCAUUGCCACCAACAAAGAGUGUCGCUCCAUCGCCAAGGACAAAGACAGCUCCGACACCGCCAGCAACUAAGAUACCCGUUCCAUCGCCUAAGUCACCGAUCUCAUCACUGCCAAAAUCCAAGAGUCCAGCUCUAUCUUCCCCAGCCGAAGGAGGGCUUAGUCAAGCUUCGGCACCAGCGCCAACAAAUUUAAAAUCCGGAUCGUUUUCACUCAGUACUGGUGCUGGCUUUGCAGUUAUCGUUAGUCUUUGUGCGAUUUAUCUUUCAUUCAUUAGCGUAUGA